AUGGGCUUGGGUGGGUGGGCCGAGUUACAUUGGCAACGCUCCAAGCCGCCUUGGCAGGGCUACUGCGCACAAUCCAAGCGCUGUGGUUACCGCUACUUUUUAAUCUGUGCGGCCGAACAAAUUCCGCGAGUCGAUCUAGAAGCUCACCCUCCUCGCACGUGUUUGCUGGCCAUUGACAGUAGUGUUGCGUCAGUUAUAGUUUCCAUGGCUGCGGAUGCCCGCCCUUUGGGCGGCUCGCGUUCGGUGCGGAUGGACAGGCUGCGGCUCCCUGCUGCGGCUCCUUGGUGCAGCACGGUAAUUGUGGUCUUCGAGCGUGCGGGAUUAAGGCGCAGGGCAGUGUUGACGUAG